GUCGUACGUCAUCACCCCGCGCCGCAGAGAGGGCCCGGCCGCCGCCAUGGUGCAGCUCGGCAGCCGCCUCCUCAAGGGCUACCGCGGCGGCCACGUCGUGAUCCGCUUCGCCCGGGGCGGCUGCACCAACCGGCCCUUCUACCGCCUCGUGGCGGCGCACAACCGGCGCCCCCGCGACGGGAAGUACCUGGAGCAGCUGGGCUGCCUCGACCCGCUGCCCAACAGCCACGGCGAGAAGGUGGCGGGGCUCAACCUGGAGCGGCUGCGGCACUGGCUGGGCUGCGGCGCGCAGCUCUCCCGCCCCGCUGAGAAGCUCCUGGGUCUGGCCGGGUUCCUGCCGCUCCACCCCAUGACGGUGACCGGCGCCGAGCGGCUGCGGCGGCGGCGAGCGCAGGAGGCUGUCGCGCAGGCCGCGGAUGGCUCUGCUGUGCCCGGCGAGGAACCGUGAGAGGCCCCGAGCGAGGGCUCCGUGAGCGGGAUCGCGCCCUGCCCCGCCGGCCCCUCCGAGUGCAUUAAAGUGUCAUUUGCGCGCUCUGUUCGGCUGUGCUGCUCUCUCCAAACCCUGCUCUGCAACAUUUACUCUUGCUGCGGUGUAAAAGGGGUUUUCCUGCUGCCAUGCAGGUACAGAACCAUGCCAGAUCAUUUAUGGCCUUUGCUAAAGGCGCAGCAUCCGCUCUAGCGCCGCCCUUUCUGCAGCAGUGGCACGGUUACUUCCAUUUGCCUGCUGCACUCAAGUGUUUUGGCUCCUGGCAGUGAUUUGUUACAUGACAGUCCAGGGCUCCAGGAGAGGGCUGACACAAACAAAUGCAAAUGGUUCUGUAGCUGCGUUUCUGUUUAGUUUCUCCAGAGAGUUUCUGUGCCUGUUCAUUCAUUUACAAGCAGAAGGGAAAGAUUUCCAUCUUGGGUAAAGGGGGAGCAAGGUUUGCACGAAGCAGGAUGCAGAUCUUACCACUUGCAUCACAUUUGAACCUACCUGAGAAACAAGAAAUCCACUGUAGUCUCUCCCACCUUAGAUGCACCUCUUGCUUUUUGGGAUUUCCUUUGGUGUAACUUUCACUAUAAAGGUCAGGCAAAGACAACUUUUCCACUGUGCACUGAGGUUUGUAGUGCAAUUGCCCUGACAUAGGAGAAAAACCACUCUAAAGAGAGGGACUUGCUUGCUUUUAACAACAUCAUGAUUCUGAGAAUGCCUUUAUUUCUGCUUACGGAUGAAAGAGAAGCUGCUUUAAGAACUGAAGUGGGUGAGGCUGUGAAAGGUGGUAUUGCUUUUCUAAUACGCGCUCUCCCAUUCUUCCAUACAGCUGAUGUUGAGAGUCACACUUUAUACAGACCAGUGGCUAUACUCUGGUACAGGGUUUCUAGCAAGUUCCUCUCUAGCUUACUCUGGACUUGUCUGCAUCUGCCCUGCUCCUCCUAUCAGAACCUAAAGGUACCACACAGCUUUCCUUUUUGGAGCCUUCUGCUUCCAACACAGGAAGAUGGAUGUGCAAGGUUUCUUUUGUGAAAGUUUCCUAUUAAAAAGGAAAAAAGAAUGAAUUUGUUAUUAAAUAAAACAUCCCACAAUCAUACACAAGGCAGGAAA